CAGGCAAUGAAGCUCAACUUCCCCGCCUUGACGGCCAUCGCAUGGCAGCUGGCUGGAAAUGCCAAAGCAACAACACAGUCUACCCUCAUCUCCCUCGACCCCUAUUUCAACAACAAGGCAUUUGGCACAUAUCCCGGAGAGACCUCUUUCGAUGCCUUGAAUCAGUCUUAUCCAGACCCAAGUAUCAUCGGAAUCAAUGGCACAUAUACCUCCAAACACACCGGAAUUGUGUACGAUUUUCCCGGCUAUCGCGGGCCCACCCUGAAAGAUAAUAUCGUCUGCGACGGCCAGACAAUCACCGUACCCGAUGAACAAUAUUUUUCUGCCUCAAUGCUAGUGACUUCGGAUGUCCAAUUGUCCACUGUCUCUGGGAAUGUGACUUACACGUACUCGGACAACUCCACCCUUGUUUCAGAAUUGCGCAGCCUGCCGUGGUGGGCGUUCCUGACGAUCAACCGCGGCGAGAUCAUCUUCCCUUACCGAUAUACUGACAAUGACACCAAUUUCAACACCUCUCACAUCUUCGAAUACACCGCAGCGCUCGACUCGAACAAGACGCUUCACUCCAUUACUCUGCCAGUAACCACGAACUCCACCACGGGCCGACUGCACGUGUUUUCCGUAUCCUUGUGGAAGUCUCCUUUGGCCUCUGCACAAGUGCAAUUCAUACGCCCGACCCAGAAGUGGACAGAAAGUGGCAACCAAGUAGUCGAAAUUACCAUCAACAACCCAGGCUCCGAGUGCAUCGCAGGAUCCGGCGUCACCGUAUCUCUGGACAUGUUUGGCAUUCAAACGGUGGAGCCCGGAUACAUCAAGCGACUCUGCCCCGGCGACCAGAAACGGGUCAACCUCGGGGUGAAUGGUACAGCUAACGGCACAGCAACGGUUGUUUUAGACUACCGUCAGUCCAUCCAGCGUCAAGCCUAUGCUCACCCCCUAUCCCUCGGUCUAACCGACUGGACAACCGACCUUUCCAGCCUCUCCCAACAUGAGAGCCCGCAGUGGUUUGACGACGCCAAGUUCGGUAUCAUGAUCCAUUGGGGCCCAUACUCCGUUCCGGGUUGGGGCAAUUCAACUCCUUACGAAAGCUAUGCCGAGUGGUUCUGGUGGUACACCACGCACCGCGCCGCUGACAAGUCCGACACAUAUGACUACCGCCUACGCACCUUCGGCCCAGACUGGAACUACGACGACGGUUUCCCCUCCUUUACCGCAGCGAACUUCUCCCCCAAAGCCUGGGUCGACCUCAUCGACGCUUCCGGGGCCAAAUACUUCGUGCUAACGACCAAACACCACGACGGCUUUGCCCUCUUCGACACCCAAAACACCACCAACCGCUCCUCCCUCCACUACGGACCCCAGCGCGACCUCGUCUCCGAACUCUUCACCGCCGCCGAGACCUACCACCCCUCCCUCAAACGCGGCACCUACUUCUCCCUCCCCGAAUGGUUCAACCCGGACUUCGGCCCCUACGGCUUCGCCGAACUCCCCGGCAACACCUCAACCAGCUGGCCCGGCAUCAUCGCCCGAAACCCCUACACCGGACUCGACGAGCCCUACACCGGUCGCAUCCCCGUCUCCAACUUCAUCUGGGACCUGAUGGUACCCCAAAUGUCCAUCAUAGCCUACAACUACAGCACCGACAUCCUCUGGUGCGACUGCGGUGCCGCCAACGGCACGGCCCCCUUCGCCGCAGACUGGUUCAACACCGCGCGUUCCCAAAACCGUCAAGUCACAAUAAACUCGCGCUGCGGCGUCGCCGAAAUCUCCGACUUCGAUACCCCCGAGUACGCGACUUUCAGCUCCGCCCAACUCCGCAAAUGGGAAUCAAACAUGGGCAUGGACCCCUACAGUUACGGAUUUAACCGCGCCACGGUCCCAUCCUCGUACAUGAACGCCAGCACCAUCGUCACUGACCUCGUAGACAUGGUCAGCAAGAACGGGAACUUCCUCCUCGAUAUUGGACCCCGUGCGGACGGAUCGAUCGUGGAACGCGAGGCCAUGAAUCUCCGAGAAGCCGGGAAGUGGAUUCACGCUCAUGCGGACGCGAUCUUCAACACGACGUACUGGUUCGUGAUGAGCGAAGUUAAUGCGGUCGGUACGGGUGAAGAACAGAUAGGAGUGCGAUUCACCCAGAGCAAUGAUGCGUUCUAUGUCUUGUUCUUGGAUUAUCCUGGGGAAGAAGUGUAUGUGGAUGCGCCGUUGCCGCUGCUAUCUGGCGACCGGGUCGUGGUUUUCGGGAACGGGGCGGAGAAGCAUGUCAAAUGGACGGGGACGGCAAGGAAGGGGUUCACGUUCCGUGUUCCUGAGGGGGCGUGGGAUGGAGAGGAAUUUACUUGGGUCUUGAAGAUUGAGUAUCUUGCUUAGCUGCAGAGUAUAUUUCAUGUGGAGAGGGAUGUCUGAUGGCUAUAUACAUUGCCACUACGGUUAGAUGGAAGAUUCCCCGCUCCUGGAUAGCGCCCGUAUAUUGGGCCUGGUCGAAUAAAU